GUAGGCCUAGUGUAAUUUCUCAAGAUAUUCACAAUGGAUAUUGAGUUCACAAUAAAACCUGGUUAUCAAUUGAAAAAAGAAGCAAGUAAAUUAGAACUUUGAACACAGCACAAUACGGCAAUGCCUGCUAUUAAAAUCACUCAACAUAUGCUCAAUAAUAUUGAAUACGAUAAUAACUUUAUUGGACAAGUGGCAAAGGCUGCAGAAAAGAUGGUUGACAUUGGCUGUAAGUGCUCACCCACCGUGCUGAUUGUUGGCGAUAAGGCAGAUUUGGAUUCUUCUGCUUAUCAUUUGGCACAAUCUCUGCAGUUUCCAUUUGCUGCUGAGGCAAUAGUUACUGUCUUGGUAGCUGAGUCUGUUCGCAAAGCAUUUUUGGAACGUCUUCGGCCACAAUUAAAAGCAAUACCAACAGAAGCUGUUCAACAUGCAGAACGCAAGAAAGCACUGGCUUUGAUAACCAAACAUAAUUGGGAAACAGUUUCGGCCAAUGAGCUGGGCGCCAAUACACCGAUAUUAGUUUGUGAUGUUACACAUGAACAUUUGGGUUCUGAUUACAAUGGUAUUGUAACGCUACAUACAUUCCGCACCAUUCAGGAGUCGAUAAUUUUGUGUGGAAAAGAGUCCAUAAAACCCUUAAAUGCAUCCAUUUGGACGAGUAAUCAUGCAAGUGCUUAUGAAAUCGCAUUGAAAAUAGCAGCUGAUAACAUUUUUAUUGAUUGCUAUCAAGUGUCUCUGGAACCUUUGCAAACAGCUCUUCCAAGUAGUUGCGUUUUUGUCGAAAAUAACUACCAUUAUGAAACACUCGUAUUAAAGAAUGGGAAACGGAACAUAGUAUUUCCAAUUGGGACAGUUAUCAGUAAUUAAUGAUUAAGGUGCGGAUCCUACGAAACUUGAUUGCUGGAAGGUAUUUGUCUUACAUUUAUAUAAUUUUUUGUACUUUUAAUACUAACUUUAUACCUGCCAAAAAUGUGCCUAAUAAAAUUUGUAUAUCCAAAUCAGAUUAGAAUGCUUAAACAAAAUAAACCUGCAGUAAUAGUUAUAAAAGUCUGUGCCCGCAUGACCCUGGCAAAAAUAAUGUUGUUCUACUCUUCGUUUCCUGAUCAUUUACGACUAACAGAAAUACCCUUUCUGUAUUUACAAAUAUUUGCUUUAUUUACAAAUAUUUGCCUUUCGAAAGGAAAUGACAUUAUUACCUAGAAAUAAUCAAAUUUCUGCUCUUUGUAGAGCAUGAAGAUUUUUAGACUUUUCAAGUUCUAUUUCUAGAAAUGACUACGCUUUAUUUUCUCGCAAACCAAUGAUUUGCUUUAUCAAUGAAAUAAUUUUUAAUAAUUUAGGAAUUAAAUUGCUCCAAUCAUGAAUUAUUAUGAUUAUUUAUCCGAAUGAAUUUCAAGUAGAUUAAUUGAUAUGGUUUGUUUGUUGGCAUCCCUAUAUUGGAAUCAGCUGUUAUCGCAUUUCAAUUGGUCUCCUUUCUCUUUUCUGUUGAUUAUUUUCGAUUCUAAACAAAAUUAAUUCGUGUUUAUUGCAUUUAGUCAAGUUCGUAGGGCCGUCGUGUGUAAUGUGUAAAAAUUAAUUAGUAAAUUGCGUUUUGCAAAUUUUGAA